GGCCCCGCGACCGCUUCCGCCCGGAGGAGAGAUGGUGGCGCCGGCGUCCCCUCAGUGAGGUCGCGCUCGUUCGCACCGCCCCCGCCCGCAAGAAAGAUGGCAGUGGCCUGAUCCGGGCCCGUUGGCGGCGUCACGGGUGCUUCGCUCUGGUCCUCGUAUCCCGGGCGCGGGGAGGCAGGCCGACCGUGAGCUGCUUGUCCCCAUCCUGUGGCCGUCCUGGGGACACAGAGCUCUCCGUGGUGCCUGGGGCUUGGAUUGGAGCCGGGACCUCACUUCCUCCUCUGCCCCUGCCCCUGCCCCUGCCCCUCCCAGCACCUGGCCCACACCCUGCAGCCUGCCCCAUGGUCUGGCCCUGGGUGGCGAUGGCGUCCAGGUGGGGUCCCCUCGUUGGCCUGGCUCCGUGCUGCCUCUGGCUCCUGGGGGCGGUCCUUCUGAUGGACGCGUCUGCACGGCCUGCCAACCACUCGUCCACUCGAGAGAGAGCAGCCCACAGGGAGGAGAGUGAGAUCCUGCCCCCAGACCACCUGAACGGGGUGAAGCUGGAGAUGGACGGGCACCUCAAUCGGGGCUUCCACCAGGAGGUCUUCCUAGGCAAGGACCUGGGUGGCUUUGAUGAGGACGCGGAGCCGCGGCGGAGCCGGAGGAAGCUGAUGGUCAUCUUUUCCAAGGUGGAUGUGAACACUGACCGGAAGAUCAGUGCCAAGGAGAUGCAGCGCUGGAUCAUGGAGAAGACGGCUGAGCACUUCCAGGAGGCCAUGGAGGAGAGCAAGACACACUUCCGCGCGGUGGACCCUGACGGGGACGGCCACGUGUCCUGGGACGAGUAUAAGGUGAAGUUUUUGGCGAGUAAAGGCCAUAGCGAGAAGGAGGUUGCUGAUGCCAUCAGGCUCAACGAGGAACUCAAAGUGGACGAGGAAACACAGGAAGUCCUGGAGAACUUGAAGGACCGCUGGUACCAGGCGGACAGCCCCCCCGCAGACCUGCUGCUGACGGAGGAGGAGUUCCUAUCGUUCCUGCACCCCGAGCAUAGCCGGGGAAUGCUCAGGUUCAUGGUGAAGGAGAUCGUCCGGGACCUGGACCAGGACGGUGACAAGCAACUCUCUCUGCCCGAGUUCAUCUCCCUGCCCGUGGGCACCGUGGAGAACCAGCAGGGCCAGGACAUUGACGACAACUGGGUGAAAGACAGAAAAAAGGAGUUUGAGGAGCUCAUUGACUCCAACCAUGACGGGAUCGUGACCGCAGAGGAGCUGGAGGACGUGCCCACACUCCCGCUGCAGCCAACAGGCACCUUAAAUAAAGAGCCACUUCGCGCGGAUGUCCGCGGAGCUCGGGCCCAGCUGCUCCUCCCCUGAGCGGAGCCUGGAGGGCCUCCCGGGCGGGCCGGCGCUGGGAAGGGGAAAGGCGGACGCUGACCUGUGCCCCGCUCGCCCGCAGAGCUACAUGGACCCCAUGAACGAGUACAACGCCCUGAACGAGGCCAAGCAGAUGAUCGCCGUCGCGGACGAGAACCAGAACCACCACCUGGAGCCCGAGGAGGUGCUCAAGUACAGCGAGUUCUUCACGGGCAGCAAGCUGGUGGACUACGCGCGCAGCGUGCACGAGGAGUUUUGAGCGCCCGGCCGCGCCCCGCGCCGCCCCCCACGCCCCACCAGGGCGGCCCCGCGGGUGACUCCGGGCUCCGUGGCUGUCCCUCCGUGGCUGUCCCGGACCCCACCUCCUCCCUGUCGCCCGCCACCGGCCGACGGACCGCGGCUGCCCCAGUUGAUGAGCGGCGCGUCCCCUCUGCAGCGCGCACCCCGGCGAGGCUUCGGCUGUGAUGCCGCCGGGGCGCGGGGCUGGGCUGUGGCUCCGCGGCGCCGCCUCCUCCCUGGUCCCUCGAAAUCGCUGCAUCUCACUUCUGAGAACGAAAUCUCGCUUCAGUCACUUUGCCGAAGGCGCUGACGGCAUCGCGGCCGGAACCUCUGGGCCCGGCCCCUCCCAGGGCCCCCGCUCCGUGGGAAAUAACAGCUCCUCCAUUUCCUUGAAAACUGAACGAUUAUUAAAAAUAGAUUAAACUUCGCUGGAAAUGAGUAGCCAGGAAGUUCAGCGGAGGGUGCCGGGUCCUUCCCGGGCCUGGCGUGUCGGAGCCACCCAGGUCCCGCAGCUGCCGCCGAGAAAAUGCAAAUAUUUGUUGUGACAAGAAUCACAUUAAUUUACUUUAAAUAUAGUUGCCUUUUUCGGUCA